UUCCCAGAAAGCCCCGCGCCGUGGCCAUGGCAGCGGGAGGAAGCUGCUGAUGAAGGGGAAAGGAGGGCAGAGGAGGAGGAGCCGGGCCUCUCUGAGGCGGCGGAUUGGUGGCUUUGGCUCCUUGGAGAGGGAUGGAGGCGCUGCCGGUGGAGAUUAUCACAUACAUUUUAGGCUUCCUGCCAAUCCCCGACAGGAAAGAGGCCUCUCUGGUAAACCAAACCUGGUACUUGGCAGCCCAGGAUUCCCUUCGCCAGGAGAACCUCUUCUACAACAUUCCUGCUAGCUCCACCUCACUCAGGACCAUCAAGACUUUGGGCCAAAGGCAUGUGUUCAAUGUCAAGAUGGCAAACCUGGAUGGCUCUACCACUUCUCGGGAUGUCAUCAAGUACGUUGCUCGCUACCUGGGGCCACAUUUGCGCAGCUUGUGCCUCCAUGGGAGCAGCCUGACAGAAACUAGCUUUGAGGAGCUCCUCUUGGCCUGUCCAUGCCUCAGAGCCUUGGAUCUAACUGGAUGCAACAGUCUCUUUAUGUCAGGGGCCUUGCUUGCCAAAGAAGAGACUUGCCUGCAAGUCCGUAAGACUCUGAGCAACUUGCAGGAGCUGAACUUGUCUGGUGUGCGAUACUUGUCUGACCUUACCUUCAAUCGCUUGACCAGUUGCUCUCCAUGCCUGACCAUGCUCACCCUUGCUCGCUGCCACAUUGCCUUUGAGUUUGAUGCUUACUAUGGCUCCAACAACUACAACUCUUCGGUUCUGCUGUCCUUCCGCAACCUCCUGCAGUUCCUUCGGGAGCAAUCCAGCAGCAUGAAAGUUUUGGACUUGAGUGGAACCAGCAUUUCAAGCCAGGCAAUGAAGUCUCUGGCCCAAGUGGAAAACCUGUGCCUGGAAGGGAUGGUGCUGCAGAACUGCCGGGAUCUGACAAAUGAGACUGUAAGCAUCUUAUGUCAGCACCAGUCUCACUUAACCACCUUGGACCUGAGUGGUUGCUCUGAGCUGUCUGACCAGGCUGUCUUGACCAUCUGCUCCAGGCUGCCAGCCCUCCAAUGCCUGCGUUUGGGGAAGCUCCCACGUGUAACUGAAGCUGGCUUUCAAAGGAUUUCGCAAUUGAAGCAGCUCCAACACUUGGAUGUCUCUGAAUGCAGUCUUGUGAGCUGUACUGAAUUGGUGAAAGCUUUUAGUGCUGUCAAGAGACAGCCCAAACUGGUCUCCCUGAAUGCUGCCUUCUGCUCUUUACUACGGGAAAGUUCAAUCCUCUCACUAGCUUCAGCCCUGAGUAAGAGCCUUCGUGUUCUGGAUCUCUCGUCCUGUGUCUCUCUUGGCAACAGAAGUAUCCAAGCUAUUGCUUCUCACCUCUUGCUCCUGACAGUCCUGCGUUUGGCCUGGUGCAAAGAACUGACUGACUGGGGCCUAUUGGGGGUUGAGGAACCCAAAGAGGAGCGCGAACGUGCUACAGAGAAGGAUGCAGGCCCAAAGUUCAGCAGGAACUUUGGCAAUAUGGGCUUCUUCCAGCCACCUCCACAAGAUCUGGAGCAAGAUGGUCAGAUUCUCAAUGACAUUACCAAGCAAGCGGUCCAAGAAAAGCACCAAGCCUCUUUGAAUGCCCUGACCCGGUUGCAAGAACUUGAUCUCACAGCAUGUGGGAAGCUGACGGACAUGAGCAUAGCCAAGGUGAUCUGCUUCCCUGAGCUCCGACACCUGUCCCUCAGCCUCAUUCCCAACAUCACAGACAAUAGCCUUCUAGCCAUUGCUCGCAACUGCCGAAGCUUGGAACACUUGUCCCUGAGUCACUGUGUGAACCUGACCGAUAAGGGCUUUGUGGAGGCAGCUGGCUGUCUACACAGACUUCAACAUCUUGUUGUUUCCGGCUGUAAUCAGUUAACACCCCGGACUCUGAAGGCUGUUGGUCAAGAGUGCCAGCAACUAAAAGGUUUGGAUGUCUCCAUGUGCAGCAAGAUUAGCAUGACGGAUGUGGAACAUUUCCAAUCACACCUGCCACCACAGAGUCAGACUAGUAUUCAGUCUCGUUUUGUGGGUGGAGCAGACCUUUCCAUUACUCUCUGAGGCACAAUGUAGACCCAGAGUUAUGGAUAAUCAACAUGGCUCUCCUCACUCCCCCUGCCAGCUCCUGUUGCGAAUGACAAAGUAUCCUUGGGAAACAGCUUCUGUCUUGGUUGUUCCUUGGCCAGUUGGUGGUUCUAUAAAUCAACCAGUCCUUUGCACAAGAUUGUGAGCCUCAGAAACCCUCCUUGCUAGAGCAGGCCAUUGAGCAAGGCUACCAUCACCCCAGAGCCCAAGUUCAAUAGGGAACUUCAUCUUGUGCCUGAAAGAAGUUUUCUGGUGCAAGGUAAAAUAUAGCAGUGGCAGAAACCAUCAACAAUAAGCAAAACAGUGUCUGCUAUUUAAGGUAGCUACUAUUAGUGUAAAAUGUAUACAGCCAGAGUAAUUAUGCUGAGCCCUGCUUUCAUCAUUUGGGACUUCUCUGUAGACAAGAGAUAGCUACGUUCAACUGCCAGUCCACAUCCAUUGGCUUUUCUUCCUUCAAAGCCACCCCUCAAUAUAUCACUGCCUGUUCUGUAGACAUCACUGGCAGCGUCACACUGAGAGGACUGCUGUCUCCGCUGAUGCCAAAGUAAUGUUUGGCAUGUUCAGGGAACAAUGAAGAGAUGCUUCUAUAAUGAAAGAGUCAAGGUUAGCUCCUUCCUUUGAACAAUGUAAGAGUUCUACCACUCUUGUCAUUCUUCAUAUAACUUUGCUUAUGCAUUGCUGUCUUUUUUUACUAACAUACACUGCCAUUGCACUAAUAAAGGACU